UUUAGCAUGAUUAUUUAAUUAUUGGUCGUAGAAAGUUGAAACUAAGUGUCUUGAAAGUGAAUCGCUCCGAAGAAUAUGAAAAAUUUGUUAAACUAAUGACAAACUGCCGAGCGUGCGGGCAAACCUUAGCUGACCAGAGUGCCUGGUCAGCUUUGGAGAAAUAUCAGGAGGAAUACUUUCACAUGACUGCAAUUAGGCUCAGUGAUUAUGAGGAUCCUAGUCAGGCGAAAGUGUGCGACCUGUGUGCCCGAAAACUGCAAGAUUUUGAAAGUUUUCGACAGAUCUGCCUUCAAGUUCACUGGCAGCUGCAACAGUUGAAGGUGGAAAAGUUAGAAGACGAUGAUUCGUUCACAGUAGCAGUCGAAUAUUUACCAGACCAAGAUGAGGAAGAUCCUAUACUGAAGGUAUUCAAUGAAAAUGAAACUGCCGACAAAUGUGCUUCGGUCAAAACCGACAGUGGCGGUGAAAGUGACGAAAGUUAUGAAAGCGAUUCCGAGGAGUGUUAUUCCCCUGCAAAGGAGGACGACGACUCGUCAGAGGACAUAAAAAGCGAGGCGAAUUCUCCAAUCCCCGCGAAAAAGCCACGAGCGAAAUGGGGUAGUCGAAAGAAAAAAGAGCCUCGCGAAAAGCGAAUAGUUUUGUCGUGCGAUCGUUGCCCAAAGAAAUUUUUUGCUCAAUAUAGAUUUGACGCUCAUAAGCGGGCUCACGAUGGACUUGUACCGUUUGAAUGCGGUAUGUGUGACAAAGCAUUUGCGCGUGUCAAGACGUUGAGGUUGCAUCGGAGACAAAAACACAGUAACAAUCCACUGUGUUUACCCUGUGAUUUCCCAGGAUGUCAACACAAGUUCUACACGCGACUUGGCUUUAAUAGACACAAAAGACGAGCGCAUGAUCCAAAUUAUGUUGCGCCUCCUGUGACGCCAUUCAUCUGUGAUGUAUGUGGAAAAGAUUUUACUUCCAAGGGCGGUUUGAAGACGCAUUCAUACACUCAUUAUCCAGACGAAAUGCCUUUCGUUUGUGAAGUGUGCGAUAAAAAGUUUCCUACGGUGAACAAAAUGAAGGAUCAUGUUCUGCGCCAUAAAGGCAUAAAAAGGCACAUUUGUCCGCAUUGUGGCUUACAAAAGAUUACCAGACACGAGCUGAAAUUUCAUAUCAGAAAUAUGCAUUCAUCGGAACCGCGGUGUUUCCCAUGCACACUCUGUGAGAAACAGCUUUCUAGCAGUGGAGGUCUCAAUACGCACGUCAGAACCGUUCACCACGGUUCAAAACCACACGUUUGUCCCUUUUGUUCGUUUGCUUUUGGAAGAACCGAUCACCUCAAACGUCACAUACGGAUCUCAUGUGGCGUUGACCGGGUUGGCCAGAAAGCGGUAGAAUGAAUUGACACGCAAAUGAUUUGCAGGACAUUGAUUGCACAAAAUAUAACAAUUUUUAAUUUAAA